UACAAAAGGAGAAGGAGGUCUUCCCAAUCUGAAUUCACCCAUGGCAUAAUCGAACUCUCUGUCUCUGGGAUCCCCCCGCAGAAUCUACCCCUCCUAGCCUACAACUUCGGCAUCGGUGAGCGAGAGCGAUGGCGAACCCUAAUCUGGGAGCUGGAUACGUGUUCCAACCCACCGGCCGUGAGCUCGUCGACCACUACCUCAUCCCCAGGGCGGGGCUCGGUGGCGACAUCUUCCCCGGCCUCAUCGUGGAGGGCGUAGACGUCUUGUCCUUGCGCCCUCGCGAGCUCCCCUUCUCCCCCGACCACAAGAGGGAUUACGGCGAGGUGUGGGGCUUCUUCUUCGCAGCAAAGAUUGCCGGCGAGACGUGCCCGACGCCGGGCGCCGGUGGGUGCUGGGUGCGGUACGGCCCCGAGAAGGCGUACUACGGCGAGGGCGGCAGGGAGGUGGUGGCGUUCCGGCGCAGGUUCGCGUACCACUUCACGUGGAACGACGGGGAGGUAGGUUCGCCGACACGGUGGCGGAUGAAGGAGUACCGGCUCAACAGGGAUGCGGCCGCCUUCCGCAGCGCGCACCCUGGCCCCGAGGCGCCGGGCGUUGUCUUCGUGGUCCACAAGGUGUACCGGAAGCCGAUGAUCCCCCAGCCGCCGCCUUCCGACAGCAGCUCCAGCGAGGAGGAGGACUCCGAGCACUACAUCGUGGACCCCCGACUCGAUGAGAUAAUGCGGAAGUUAUCGGAAGGGAACUAAGGCCAUCGAUCGAGGGGCGGCGCUGCUCCUCCUGCAGGAGUAGCAUUCCGCCACUGCAUGUUGAUUUAUUCAGCGUUGUUGUGUCUCUUGUCUUUUCAGAUCUGGAUUGUGCGCUCGACCUAGUUGAUGUAGAUUGGUUGUUGCAGUUCGUCUAUCGUCCGUUUACAUCGUUUCAGAGUUUUUCCUUCUGGCCUAGGCAUAGCUUUGGUCUUGUGUGAGUUUUCUAUCUGUCCGCAUGUUUAGUUGUGUUUGUAUCAGUGUGGCUGUGUGUAUCCUAUCUAUGUAUAGGUCAUGAGUGUGCUUAUUGUGUUUGUUUUUAGUUGAUGCUUUGUUUCGAGUCAAUAAAAUUCAUCCUUUGUCGAAAAAA